AUGUACUUAUGUGGGGAAAGAGCCAUUACAAGGACUCGUCUAAACAAAUUAGGAAUAACAGAUGUGGUCAACUGCACACUUGAUGUACCUAAUCGAAUGGACCCAGGAAUAAAAUGUGUACAGAUUUCCAUUCCUGAUCGUCCAUUUUCUCAAUUAGACGUACACUUUGAUAGAGUGUCUGACUUGAUACACAAAGUUCAUUCUCGAGGAGGCAAAGUUUUAGUACAUUGUGUAGCUGGCGUUAGUAGGUCAGCAACUCUGUGCAUAGCAUAUCUCAUGAAACAUCAGAACAUGACAUUAUUUGAUGCUCAUCAUUUUGUGUGGACGCAGAGGAAAAUUGUUCGUCCUAAUCCUGGAUUCUGGAAACAGUUAAUUGCAUAUGAAAGAAAAAUACAUGGACGUAACACAGUGAAAAUGGUUAACUCUAUUGUUGGUUCUAUACCAAACAUUUAUCUGAUGUAA